UUUUUCUUUUGCUUUUCUAAAAUAAAUGGGUGUUUUUGUGGCUCACUGGCUCACUCUGUAUGUUAUAUAUAGGCCUCAAUUCUCUUAGUUCUUCAUUGGGUCGCCAGAGGCCGACGCUCAGUGGCUCAUUGAUCAGUAUAUUCAUUCUUCAGCAUCAGCAGGGUCGGUUUCUGUGCCAGAUCAGACGAUGGAGAAAAGCGUUAUUGGUGCAAGCCAAAGGUUGGGGGGUUUAGGUACUUUCUUGAGGAAAUGUAUGUUUAGCGUUGUAUCUGUGGGCCCCAUUCCUGAGCACAUUGCCUUCAUCAUGGAUGGGAACCGAAGGUAUGCAAAGAGGAGGAACUUACCUGUAGCGGAAGGUCAUAAAGCCGGAUAUUUGGCUCUCAUGUCCAUUCUGAGGUACUGCUAUGAAUUGGGAGUCAAGUAUGUAACAGUUUAUGCCUUCAGCAUUGAUAAUUUCAAGCGACGGCCAGAGGAGGUGCAAACUCUAAUGGAUCUGUUGCAGGAGAAGAUUGAGGUGCUGCUUGAGAAAGAAAGUAUUGUUAACCAAUAUGGUAUCAGAGUAUAUUUUAUUGGUAACUUGAAACUUCUGAAUGAGCCUGUCAGGGAUGCUGCUGAAAAGGCAAUGAAGGCUACUGCCAACAACUCCAAGGCUGUGCUUUUGAUCUGUGUGGCCUAUACUUCAUGUGAUGAGAUUGUUCAUGCUGUACAAGAAUCCUGCAAUGAGAAAGGGAAUGAAAUUCAGGCAUUGAAUGGAACCAAGGUUAGCAAUGGUGUGACUUAUGGAGUUGAAAGGGGAGAGAAGAUUAAUGGUGUGAUGGAGUGUGAUGUUCAUAAAUCAUGCAACGGCAGUUUGGAUGGAGAAGCAGCAUUAGAUACCAGUAAACCUUGCAGUGAAAGAUAUGAGGCGGAUGAGAAGGAAAAUACAACUGUUAAUCAUGUUGAAAAAGAUAAAGGGGGUGAAGUUGCAAGUAGAAUUUGCAAUGGUCUGAUUGAAGAUGUUCAAGAGAGUGAGAAGUUGCCACACAAAAUUCCUAAUGUAAAGCUGGUCGAUGUUGAGAAGCACCUGUACAUGGCAGUGGCACCUGAUCCAGACAUUAUGAUUCGAACUUCGGGUGAGACCCGCCUGAGCAAUUUCCUACUCUGGCAAACUUCUAACUGCCCAUUGUACUCCCCUGCUGCUCUGUGGCCAGAGUUGGGCUUAUGGCACCUGGUUUGGGCAGUUCUGAAUUUCCAGAGAAACCACUACUAUUUGGAGAAGAAAAGGAAGCAAAUGUAACAUUUUCAAUGCCACAGAGAUUUUGCACAUCAUGUGGUAGCCAUGCAUAGAUAUACAGCAUAGUGCUUAAUAUUACCCUGGAAGCUUGGAAAGCUUGGGAAUGGGAUACAAGCUGAAAAUUUCCCUAAUUAUUUGCUAAUGAGAUUGAAUGUAAUAAUAAUAACAGUAUAUCCAUGUUUAUAUUCUUAUUAACCAUCCUAAUUUCGUGUUGCGAUUUA